AUGACUGAAGACGAUAAGAAAAGACCAGCAUCAGAAGUUGACGCAAAGCCAGUCACUCACCAACCAAAGAAGAAAGUACACAGACGGAAAUACAAGACUAAGGAAGUGGAUUCUACUUCUCCCCUCGGAGUUCUCCAAUACGAAAUUGAAGAAGUGUUGAAAGAACAUAAUCUCACCAAGGACAACAUUUCCAAUGAUAUGAAGUAUGUCUUGAAUGAUCCUGAUGCGGAUGCAAAAUACCACCGUAUAGUUUCCAAUGUCAAGAUCUUAGCAUUGAUUUCCAAUGGUGAUGGGAUAUCUAUCAUCCCCCACCCUGAAGAUUCCACUAAAUCACAGAUUGUUGUUGUUCCGUUUGGAUUACCAGGCGACAUAGGCACCAUCAAAGUGUUCAAGACCCACCCGUUAUAUGUUGAAUCCGAUUUGCUUUCGAUCGAGACCCCUUCCCCUGUACGUAAAGACUCAUUAAUCAACUGUAAAUACUUUGGAAAGUGCUCGGGAUGUCAAUAUCAAAAUGUGGAGUAUGAUCAGCAGUUGAAAUUCAAACGACAAACUAUCAUCAAUGCAUACAAAUACUUUGCUCCUAAGUUGAAUGAACUUGGAGGAUUGCCUAAUGUCGAUAACACCGAGGCAUCACCAUUGCAAUAUGGUUAUCGUACUAAAUUGACACCUCAUUUCAAUGUUCCAUUUAGCAAAAAGGAGUUGGAAUAUAGACCUAACGUAGGAUUUGGUGCCAAGGGUAGACCAACAUGGAGAAAAGAUGGCGAGUUUGGUCCAGAUGGGUCUAUUUUGGAUAUUGAGGAGUGUUUAAUCGGAACUGCUAUAAUUAAUACAGGUAUGAAGAAUGAACGAAGGAAAUUUGAAGGGGAGUUUAAAAAGUAUAAGAAAGGAGCUACCAUUUUACUUAGGGAGGAUACCAAAGUCGUGCAUAAUGAUGAAGAGGUUAAAUUAGGAGAAGGAUCAGUUGAUGAAAAUGGAGUUGUUUCACAUUUGGAAGUUAGUGUUGAAGAAGAAAAUACCAAAUUAGUCAAGACUUGUGUAACCAAUACCAGACAAAUCGUGAAAGAGUAUAUUAAUGGGUACACAUUUGAAUUCUCCGCUGGUGAAUUCUUUCAAAACAACAAUUCUAUCUUACCAAUUGUCACAAACUACGUGAAAUCAAACCUUUCCAUCCCCAACUCCACUCCAGACCAACGUAAUUAUUUGGUAGAUGCAUAUUGUGGAUCUGGAUUGUUUUCAAUAACUUGUUCCAAAAAUGUUUCUAAAGUCAUUGGGGUUGAAGUUUCAGCCGACUCUGUCAAAUUUGCUGAACGUAAUGCUCAAGCUAAUAAUAUCGAAAAUGCAAAAUUUAUAGUUGGUAAAGCCGAAGAAAUAUUUGCCAAUAUUGACACCCCAGCUGACAGAACAUCUGUGAUUUUGGACCCUCCAAGAAAAGGAUGUGAUGAUGUAUUCUUGAAUCAAUUGUCCCUGUACCAUCCCGCAAAAAUCGUGUAUAUCAGUUGUAACGUCCAUUCUCAAGCACGUGAUGUUGAAUGGUUCAUUAAUAAUACCGAGCAUGGUAAAGAUUACUAUGUUGAGAGUAUAAGAGGAUUUGAUUUCUUUCCUCAAACACACCAUGUUGAAAGUGUUGCUGUAUUAGCAUUGAAAUAG